AUGCAUGCACACUGGCAGCAGCAGCAGCACAACGAGCAGCAGCAGCAGCAACACAAGAAGCAGCAGCAGCAGCACAGCACUACCACCACCACAACCACCACCACCACAACCACCACCACCACCACCACAACCACCACCACCACCACCACCAGCAACAGCAGCAGCAGCAACAGCAGCAGCAGCAGCAGCAGCAGCAGCAGCAGCAGCAUACCAUCUAGCGACGACGACGCAGGGAGGGGGGGGGGCUGCUACGAGGGCUCUCAAUUAUUUUAUAACGAAGACCCUAAAAGGGGAGUGGCUGCGUAUGUUGCUGCGACGCAGCAGGAGCCUGUUGAUGAGGUUGAUGGUACAUUUAUUGCUGCUUGUCUUCGUCAUAAAGUAAAUGCUGCUGAGUUGUUGCCUCGCGUCCUCUGCGGCAAAACCCGCAUGCUUACAACUCCUUGUAUAAUGAAGGAGCUAAGGAGUCUUCCUGGUGCAGAAGGAGCAGCAGCAGCAGCAAAACGCUAUGGAAGGUAUCCUUGUAAACACGAAGAGGAGGCACAAGCAGCAGCAGCAGCAGCUGCUGCUGCUGCUGCUGUUGCUCUUGCAACACCAGUUGUAGACGAAUCAGACGCAGCAGCAGCAGCAACAGCAGCAGCAGACGGUGCAGCAAAAGCAGAAGGCGCAGCAGCAGGUGCUGCAGAUUCUGCUGCUGCUGCGGCCCCAACAAAGAAGGAAAUGGGAAACAAACACCGCAGCAGCAGCAGCAGCAACAGUGCAGCAGCAGCAGCAGAAGAAGCAGCAGGUGCAGCUGAUCAGCAGCAGCAGCAGCAGCCUACUCAAAGAAGGCACCUAUUUGAGGAUAGUAGCAGCAGCGACGAAGACGAGCCCUCAGCCCCCAGCAGCAGCAGCAGCAGCAACAGCAGCAGCAGCAGCAGCAGCAGCAGCAGGAAGCUGGAUAUACCUAAGCAGAAAUUUCUUCAUCACCCUGCCCUUAUAGGUGGGGGUUUACCAGGAGAAUUCUUAGAGAGUAGGCAGCAGCAGCAGCAGCAGCAGCACCACAAGAUAGGAGCAGCAGCAGCAGCAAGUGCAGCAGCAGCAAGACACUUAAGCCAAUUAAAUGUACACCUGCAGCAGCAUCCAAGUGCUGCUGUUUCCGCCACUGCAGCAGCAGCAGUAAAUGGGGAGACAUCUCCUGAAGCAGCAGCAGCAGCAGCAGCAGCAGCAGCAGCAGGAGGAAAGGAGACACUUAAAACAAUCGGCAGUAAAGAGGGGCUUGCUAUCGCAUUGGAGGAUCGCCAUGAAGGGUUUACAAUGGAGUUGGGAGGCUGCGCAGACAGCCGAACGCCCCUUACUGCGGCACAAACCCUCACAAACCCUCUUAAUGUACAAAGGAAGACAGAAGGGUAUGAUGAGGCAGCAGCAGCAGGGUUUGCUGCAGCAGGGGGCCCCUGGGGGCCCCAACAGCAACCUACAGACGUUAAUGGAUAUCAUGUCGCUUACGACGGAACCCCACGACAGAGAAGAAGAAGGACUGAAUGGCUUUCUGUUUCUUGCCUUCUUCUCUUAUUCGCGGGUUUAGCGGUCAUCUAUUUCUUUCGUUGUUUAUCUGGUUCUGAAUCCCCUACCGUCCCCAUAUCUUCCUCUUGUCGUGUAUCCAAGAGUGAGGAGUGCAGGGCCUACAGCUUCCCUUCUUUCUUCUCAGAGGAUAUGGUGCGCCUUGUUGACGCUUCUCCUGAGAAUAACACCUUUCUAUUCCGAUCGCCGAUGCCUCUUUCUCCUGGUGGAGGUUAUAUAAUGACAGAAGAACUAAAAAGAGCAAUGCAACGCCAAGCACAUUUAGCGGGUCUUUUUUUACCCGACAACUUUGAGCUAAAAGUCUUUCCUCUUGUAUGGAAUGGACAUAAUAAUAGUCUUAAUGAAAAAUGCGAGUUAAAUCGCGAAGUUUGCUUAAUGGAAGCCCGUAGUGACCUUACGGUAUCUGUACACCAUUGGCCAAUCUACGGAGAAAGUGUAAACCCUUACGACGUCCCCGAACCGAACCGUAUAGCGAUGGCUAAGAAUUUGGCGGCUUGGUGCGGCGAUUUCUUAGAGCAGAGAUUAAAUCUUUUGUAUAGCCAGAUACAUUUGCAUGCAGCUGCUGGUGAUGCAGCACGUGCUGCUGCUGCUGCUGCUGCUGCUGCUGUUGCUGCUGCACCAGGGGCUGCACCAGCAGCACCACCAGCAGCAGCACCACCCAGGACUCUUGCCGAGUCCGACACCCAAGAAGACCCCAAUGCUGCUGCAGAAGUAGCAGCAGCAACAGCAGCAGCAGCAGCAGCAGCAAAAAAUGCAGAAGCAGCAGCAAAAUAUGCAGCAGAUUUGACUGCUGCUGCUGCUGCUGCUGCUGCUGCUGCUCCGAAGCAUGCUGCUGCAUGCCACCACUGCAAACACUGCAGCAUGCCAAAGCACUGCAAGCACUGCGGGCCUUGCAUGCAGCAGCAGCAGCCGCAGCAGCAGCAGCAGGGGCAGCAAGAGCAGCAGGAGCAGGAGGUUCCCCAUGGAGGUGACGAUACACCGUUGCCAGGGCCAACAGGAUGCCAUGUAUGUAGUCAGAAGCAGCAGCAGCCGCAGCAGCAGCAGCAGCAAGACGAGCAGCAGCAGGAGCAGCAAAUGUCUCACCAUCACCAUAAGAGGCACCUAGAGGAUCCGUUAGUUGCUGCUUCCUUGACGGAAGCAGCAGCAGCAGCAGCUGCUGCUGCUGCAGCAGGCCUUACACCCCCGGACUACAGCAACACAAACAGCAUCAACAGCAGCAGCAGCAGCAGCAGCAGCAGCAGCAGCAAGAAGGCAACU